AUGGCUCCGUUUGUGCCAUACCACUACUCGGCCGGCCAGUCGACUAUUGUUAAAUUUGGUGGCUUGCUCACCACCGAAUUCCUCGAACCUCCACCAGGCCGUUGUUUUCUCUUCCGCCAGACAUACCGCCAUACUAUUGAAGGAUCGAUCCCAGAGAACCUGCGCAAGCUCAUCAACAGUCCCGAUCGACCAAAGGGUCCGCCGCCGCAUUUUCACCAAUUUCAAACUGAGUACUUCCGCGUCGAGAAUGGAGUACUCGGUAUCUCGGUGGACGGCGUUGUCCGUCGCAUCACCCCAGAAGAUGGCGAGAUCUCGGUCAAGGCGGGUAGUGUGCAUAAUUUCUUCAUUCACCCAGAUUCUCCCGAGAACAUGACUGUCUACCUGAGUGCAUCGGACUCCGGGAAUGACUACCAGCUCGAUCGGGUCUUCUUCGAGAACUGGUACGGCUAUUGGCACGAUGCAUUGUUGCAUGACGGAGGGAUUGAUUGGAUCCAGUUCCUCGCGAUUCAAGAUGGCGGAGAUGCCUAUACACCUGCUCCCGCGUGGGUCCCCUUUCGCCGGCAGGUCGGAUACUGGACCUGUGUGAUUGUCGGCCGAUGGAUUGGAGGACUCCUAGGAUAUAAGCCCUUCUUCCGGGAAUAUACUACGGAUUGGGACUUUGCUGUCGCCAAGAUGAAGGGUUCCUUCUUCCAGCGGCAUCUGGUGCAUGCCGCAUUCGAGGAGGAGAAAUCCUGGACGAAGCAGGCAGAGCUGGAACCUAAGGGUAAGCCUGAAAAUGCUGAGUUUGAGCCGUGGACGGAGGAUAUGUCCCCCGCCCCAUUGAGCUUAGGCCCAGUGGCGUAUGAGCAGGGUCUAUUCCAUGGGGUACAACCAGGGUCUGUGAAUGGAUCCAACGGUCACUCUACAGGGGUCGAGAGCAAGUUGGAGCAGCUAGGCUCUCGGGCACAGCGGCGGGUAGUGAUCGACGAUGCGGGCAAGUAG